AUGGAUCCGACAGUCAUGUCCACUCCAGGUAACUGUUUUACACUGCAGUUACUUUCCCGCCGUUUCGCCGCAAAACUUCGUCGUUUCUAUUCCGGCGGUGCUCCGCACGCGCCACCCAUCAGCAAGAAGACAUGCAUACAUCUCCUGAAGGCCUGCAAGUCCAUGGCGAAGCUGAAGCAAAUUCAAGCUUUACUCUUCACUCUUGGCAUCCACCAACAUGUAGACACCCUCCACAAGCUCAUGGCCUUCACAGCAGACCCUCUGCUCGGAAAUCUUAGCCACGCCCAGCUAAUCUUUGACCGCAUUGAAAACCCGACUUUGUUCAUCUACAAUGUGAUGAUCAAAGCGCAUACGAAAACGGGUCGGUUCAGAAAUGCCCUUUUCUUGUUUGAUGAGCUUAGAGGGCGGGGGCUGUGGCCUGAUCAUUUUACGUACCCGUUCGUGUUUAAGGCCGUUGGAGGGUUGCGGGUAGUUCUUGAAGGUGAAAAGAUUCAUGGGUUUGUGUUGAAAAGUGGGGUUGGGUCUGAUUGUUACGUAUGUAAUUCAGUCAUGGACAUGUAUGGUGAGUUGGGUUAUGCGGAGAGUAUGAAGAAAGUGUUUGAUGAAUUGCCAAACAGAGAUUCGGUGUCGUGGAAUGUUUUGAUUUCUGGAUAUGUUAGAUGCAGCAGAUUUCAGGAAGCUAUCAGAGUUUAUAGGAUGAUGGGGCAAGAGGGAAGUAUUAAACCUGAAGAGGCCACUGUUGUUAGUACCUUAUCAGCUUGUACUGCAUUGAAAAAAUUGGAACUUGGUAAAGAGAUACAUCAGUAUGUUAGCAAAGAGCUUGGAUAUACCAUCAGAAUUGAGAAUGCUUUGGUGGAUAUGUAUUGUAAGUGUGGGUGUUUGAGUGAGGCUGGGCAAAUAUUUAACGCUAUGUCCACAAGGAAUGUUAUGUCCUGGACUAGUAUGGUUUCAGGUUAUGUGAGUUGUGGUCAGCUGGAUGAAGCUAGAGACCUAUUUGAGAGGAGUCCUGUAAAGGAUCUAGUUUUAUGGACAGCUAUGAUUAAUGGGUAUGUGCAGUUUAACCUUUUUGAAUAUGCCAUGACCUUGUUCCAAGCAAUGCAAAUGCAAAGGAUCAAACCUGAUAAGUAUACACUGGUUUCUCUACUCAAGGGUUGUGCUCAAGUGGGAGCUUUGGACCAAGGGGAGUGGAUUCGCAAUUAUAUAAUUCAAAAUGGAAUAGUAAUUGAUGCAGUUGUGGGUACUGCCCUUAUGGAGAUGUAUUCAAAAUGUGGGUGCCUUGAGAAGUCUUUAGAAAUCUUCUAUGAGUUAAGAGAGAAAGAUGCUGCAUCAUGGACUUCAAUUAUUUGUGCUCUUGCCAUGAAUGGAGACACCGGCAAAGCCUUGGAACUGUUUUCACAAAUGCUACAAGCUGGAAUUAGACCUGAUGAUAUUACCUUUAUUGGUGUUUUAACAGCUUGCAGUCAUGGGGGAUUAGUAGAGGAAGGCCGUGGGUAUUUUGAUUCAAUGACAAGGAUUUAUGGCAUUGAACCAAGUUUGGAACAUUAUGGGUGUUUGAUAGACCUCCUUGGCCGUGCUGGGCUAUUAAAUGAAGCUGAGCACAUGAUAUCCACCAUUCCAAAUAAAGAUAACAAGAUUGUAGUUACCCUUUAUGGUGCCUUGCUUAGUGCUUGCAGGAUUCAUGGUGAUGUUGAUAUGGGAGAACGUAUUGUUAAAAUGCUCAUGGAAAUUGAAUCCAGUGAUUCCAGUACUCAUACACUUCUGGCUAACAUGUAUGCAUCUGCCAAUAGAUGGGAAGAUGUAUCAAAGGUCAGAAAGAAUAUGAAAGCUCUACAUGUUAAAAAAUUGCCAGGAUCCAGUUCAAUUGAGGUUGAAGACCAUUCAUGAGUUCACAAUUAGAGACACGUCUUACUUCCAAAUGAAGGAAACUGUUCUUAAAUUGCUAGAAUGUUUAUCAAUGAAUUUUACAACUUAUUGUCAUUGAUUGAGCAAAGGAAAGUGGGUUGCAAA